CCCUCUCAACCAAAAGAGUAGUACUAGUACCAGUACCAGAGAUGAAGAACAUCACACUCCGUUUCCUCCGGCGACAGCACCGCCGGCAUCGAAGCGCCGGCCACUCCGCUCGCCGUCGGUUCGGUGCGUCCCACACAACACAACCGGGCCGCGACGCCACCGCCGGUUCGGUUCGGUUCGGUUCGGUUCGGUGCGUUACACCGCAGGUGCACAGCCUGUCGGCGACGCCACCGCCGGUUGCAGGUGCAAACGGCGCACCGGCGACGCCACCACGAGUUCGCUGGGCACGUCCGUACGGUGGCGGUGCACACAACACCCGACUACGGUGCGGUGCGUCGCACAGACGGUGCGUAGACGGCUCGCCGGUACACACCCCGUGUGUUCCACUUCCACCGAUGGGCGCUUCCCUUCCGUGCGCAGCGCCGCAGCCGCAGCCGCAGCCGCAUCAGAGAGAGAGAGAGAUAGAGAGAGAGAGAGAGCCGGACUGAUUAUGGGCCUGCGGCCGCGGCCCGGUGAAGCUCUUCCAUUCCAUCCCAAGACGACGAGUGCAGCGGGAGUAUAAAUAAAGCCAAGAACCCUAGACCCUAGCCACCCAAUCUUCGCAUCCUCCACCCCUAACCCUUGCUCGAGCAACCUGCGGCGGCGGCGGCGGCUUCCGCUCUCCUCGCCGGCGGCCACCUCCAAGCUUAGGUACUACUAAUCUGCAGCUGUUUCACUCCGCUUGCUCGAGCAACCUCUCUUCACCGGCGGUGGCUCGCACUUGUCUGGUACUAGUACAAGCAAACCAAAGACGAAUCAUUUCCUUUCACUGGCCGUUGGACUGUUGGAACUUGCAAGAUGUCUACAUCUCAGACCACGUUGUCGACUAUGUACCGAGAUGCCAGUGUCAAGGCCGUGGCGAAAGCAUCGCCUAGGCAGACGACUUACGAAGACAUCCCUAAGUUUCCUUAUGGAUAUCAUGAUGAGGAGGAUGCUCCCAAGCCUGGCUUUUUGUGGUCUGGCUCCCAGAUACGGCCAGCGUGGGCACCCAAGAACUACAAGGACUUGAAACUGGAACAUAGUUUUUUACCAACGACCCCCAACAAAUAUCAACUCAAGAACCUCUUCAACCAGGUGCGUUACCAUUUCAACAGAUCGUCUCCCCUGGCAUUUGAGGGCGAUUCAGCUGUCAAUGGUGCUUAUACUACCAGAUAUCCGUUACCACCUUCUAGCCCGCCAGCGGCAAAAGACACGUAUUACAUAAUCAGAAUGCGAACCCGAGGGAUUAAAAAAACCGGCCGUCCGCGAGUAUUUUUUGAAUUUUUGUUUAAAGACGAGGACAAUUAUCUUAUUGCGUGGAGGGUCUUGACGACGCCGGAGCAAUGUAAAACGGCCCAUUGGUUAUUUUUUAGAGACACGGUGAUCCAUAUGAAUGAUGAACCUUUCAAAGAUAUGGCACAGAAAUGCAAUUAUCCCAGUGCCUACGCCCAUGAGCUGCAAGAAGUGGAAAUACACAGGACAGUGUUGGAGGACAUUGAGAUCUUCCUCAGGGAUCUCUACGCGAAUCCUUUGCAGAAGACACAUGCUCAAGGCUCCUUGUAUUUUCACACACUGUUCGUAUUGUUUGGAGAAUGCCCGCGUUUCGCCCCCGUAGAUGAUAACUCUGCUGGCAGCAUCACGAAACACCAAAGAUGUGUUGAUCCUCUAGGCACAGGUUGUCUCUAUGAUCUUAUAAAAUGCUGGAAGAAGAUUUCGUUCACCAUCUUAUUACUCAAGCUGCUGCUUGUGGAGGAAUCCAUGAUUGCUGGUAUCAAGCAGGCAAAGCCCCAUUUCUGUGAUUCUCGGAAGGUCAGUCCUCAGUUUCAGGAUCUCUUUGAAGAGGCAAAGCUGCACAGAAAGAAGAUUCUGGAAAGGCUGGCUUCUUUGUAUAAGGAUGCAAAGGGCCUUGACUUGUUUGCUGCUUUGAACAAGCAAGUUAUUGAGGCUGACGGUGAUGUGGGCGACGCAACCUUGCAGCGAAUGGUCACUCGCUUCCUUCACCUCGUCAGGUUCGACAAAGACCUUGUGCCAGCUAUACUGGUGAGACAGGAUGACUUUCAGGGUGGGCUCCGUUUGAAAUUUUAGGUGCCUGUAGUGACCACAAGUAGUUGUUGUACUACCUGUAGUACAUUCAUCCAGCCCAGGAGAAUGCUCUUUUUGUAGAAUGUGUUGAUAAUUCGGAUCAUUGACAAGUAGGUAGUAGUUGCUGUAGGUUCAUCCUGGGAGUAGUUGCAUUGCUCGCGGGGACAAAUCCCUGUUUUGUACACAAGUAGUUUACUUUGUGACUAUGCUCCCACUAGUUUGACAAAUGUCUGAGACACUCUCAUCCAGAGAAUUGUUUCCCAAAGUUCCAAUGAGUUUCUGGUUCCUUCA